AUGUCAGAUGGCGAGAGGAUCGCACCGGCAAACACCGGUACGACCUUAUAUACCUUACAAGUAGAGCAAGAGAAUGAGCCGGGUAGACCACAAGUAUCGUCAAUCCAAAAGCCCAUUGUACGUGGCCGAUAUGCCAAAUUUAAUGGAUCAAUGGACGUUAUGUUAUUAGAAGCACUGCAAGUAAAUAAUCCAUUUACGGCAAAACAUGGUACAAGGCUUCAAAUGUGGCAAAAUGUGGCGGAAUCCGUAGGGAUGCAAGGGUUUAAAAACCUGGGAGCUUUUUCAUGGCACACUUGUCGUGAUCGCGUAACGGCUCUUAUGAAAAUGUAUACUGAUGGGAAACACGACAAAUUAUUUAAACACGGGACAAUGGAGGAAAAUUCUCGAAAAGAGGCGAUUUUACGUGAGAUUAAUGAUACGUUGAUUAGAAAGAACCAUAAGAUGGCUGGACAGAUGGUUGUGGAUGGUAAUGGCAAGGAGACGGUCAUUGCAACGAAAAGUGAGAGUGCCGAGUUGUUCAAUCCUUCCUCGUCGUCGUCGUCGUCUACCAUAUCCACUACAUUACCGCAUAAACGGCGGAAGGUGGAUGUUUCGCUGGGUGUGAAACCCUCUGCUGCAUCAUCCUCAUCAUCGGACGUCCAGGACGGUUGCAGUAGUAAUAACUUUCGUACACGAAUUUUGGAGCUGAUUGAGAGGAAGAUUCAAUUUGAUAUGAACCAACGUCAGAAAGAGGCGGAGCUUUGGGAGCAGGAAUUUGAGCUGCAAAAGCGAUUUUUGGAGUAUUUACAGUCAAAAUAG